AUGAGUUCCCCACCGGAGGCGGUUCCGCUGUCGUACCACACAACUUCCCCCAUAUCCAACACGGAGAAGAGCUUAGGCCAAACCAUAUCAACAACCGUGAUCGAGGAGAAAUCAACGGGUCUAAACCGUGCCUUGCAAAGCCUGCUGAUUGCCCCGCCAAAGAAGAGUGCGGGGACUUGUUCGCCUAGAGCUCGCGCAACCCGCAGCCCAGUCGAGCCACUCGUCUCAUCGCCUUUGCGUAUCAGCUAUUCAGACAUGGCAUCUGCUCCGAGUUCACCGGAGAGGACUAGGACCGAAGCCCUUCCUUGGGAAUCAUCCGAUCAUGCCGUUGAGACUGGUCGACCGUCGAGCCGUCUUGGCACCGAUGAUGAUGCAAAGUCCGAGGUUUCCGCCUCUCCAUCCGAGCCGUUACAUUCCAAAAAGCGUUUUCUGCAAGCCCGGGACAAGUCUCAAAAUCGGAAGAGCAUGGCAGCUAUGAUGUCAGGAUUAGAAUCACGACUCUUUCCGAGGAGCUUUUCUCGCGGGAGAGACUCUUCGCGAAGUUCCCUCCAGCGUGGCUCAUCCCUUGACUCUAGAUCUUCUACUUCGCUGGAGAGGGGCCGCCCUAGCUCAUCUGGAAGCCAUUCUCUCCAUGUGGAAACAGUACAGCCUGCCCCUAACAACACUGGCAAGGGAAGAACUGUCAAUAUUCAUGAUCAUUUGAAUAAAUCAGAUGAAGCAUUGCCCAAUUCUCAUGGGACUCUUCCUGAUUAUGUGAAACCAGCAGCAGUGGAAGAAAACGGGGAACGACUGGCCAAAGAUGUGUUUGACCGUGACAAGAAUAUCAUUGAAAGCAGUGAAAGCGAGGACACUUCAAGUGACGAUGACAGCACAACCGAGGUCACACGGGGUCGCAAAAAGAGGGCUGAUAUCACAUCUAUCACACCCAGUGACUUUGAAACACCGCAGAAUCAUAAGCCUAAGCCGACAGAGCAAAAAUCAGCGGAUAAUACAACAGGGUCCCUAGAGAAGAAACCUCGGAAAUCGGCUUUGAAAGCCGUUGUGCAUCCACAGACAAGCUUCGAUAUUCCGACCCCUCGUAUCCAAUCAGUGGCUGGUACCCCUUACGGAUCAGAUGAUGAAGCGGAAAUUGGCGAUAUCCAUCGUGCCCAGAAGCUCAGCAUUUCCAUGUCCGCUAUUGAUAAUGGCGUGCACAACCGAUCUAUCCGAACCAUUGUUCGCGGGAACUUUUCAGGCUUGUCAGAUACCGGCGAUUGGGGCCGUCGCCGUCGGCGGAAAUAUCUGGUCGCCACCGACCUAAGUGAAGAGUCAGUAUAUGCCCUCGAGUGGACCAUCGGCACAGUUCUUCGAGAUGGGGACACCAUAUUUGCCAUUUACGUCAUGCACGAAGACUCAACCAGCACCUCUGCGGUGCAGGUCGGUGAGGGUGCCACAGUGAUGAAAGACGCAACAGCGGUCGUGGGCACGCAGACAAAGGAAGCCCAAAGUUCUGGCCAUGGAUCCCGAACCAUUCUGGGUCGACUUGGCCCUGGAACUGCCAGCAAGACACAUUCGGCUGAUUCCCGGGCCUCAUCAAUGGCUGAGGCAGAACGGGUGAGGGCUGUUGAGACUGUUUCUCAGACUUGUGUAAAGUUGCUGCGGAAAACGGUACUACAAGUUCGCAUUGCAGUCGAGGUUAUUCACUGCAAGAACCCGAAAUCCAUGAUUACUGAAGCUAUUGAUGAGCUUGAACCGACCCUUGCUAUUGUGGGUGCACGAGGUCAAAGUGCUCUCAAAGGUGUGCUUCUUGGCUCGUUCUCCAACUACCUACUUUCCAAUUCUUCAGUGCCGGUCAUGGUCGCUCGUCGAAAACUAAAGAGGCACUCUUUCAAGGGCAAACUCAGUAGCGCAAACGUGCGCCUCUCUAAUAAUUUGAUUACCCCGAAGAGUCUCUCCCAGGCCAAAGUGGACUAA